AAGCAUCUCUGUUCUGCGACACAGCCAGAGCAGCCGCAGCGCAAGCGGAGGCAUAUUUCUCGUCGAAAGAGUUUUAAAAGCCCGAACAAAUGCGCAGGUAGAAGCCAAACCAAAUCUUUGUUUUUCUAUUAUUUCCCUUUUCCCCUCCCCUUUUCCACUAAGACCAAGACGAAACACUCAUCCUCCCAACUCCACCUGCUUCGCUUCCUCUCCACUUCACCAAACCAAACCCUCGGGUGGGGGAGAGCGGAGCAGAGCACAGCGGAGCAGAGAGGAGAUGGCGAGCGCAAGCAAUGCGCAAUGAGUGGCGGCACCCUCGCCUUCACUGCUCCUGCUUUUGCCUUCUACUAGCUGCUGCUCGGUGCCUCGGGUUGGCGCAGUGGGUGGGACUGGGAAGGGGAUUCAUUCCUUCGCGCCGCGCCUCUCGUCGGCCACGCCUCCACCGCCCGGAUCUGGGCCGCAGCGCCGAGAUCCUGAGCUCAGAUUCGUGAGCUCCCUCCCUCUCUCCGGUGGCGGCCAUGGAUUCCCCGGCUGCCGGUGAAGGACAGCGGUUCAAGCGGAUUCCAAGGCAGCCUUGUGGCCGGAACCUGGAGCUGGAUCCACUGCUUAAUGAGAAUUUGGAACAGUGGCCACAUCUAAGUGAGCUAGUACAGUGUUAUAACGCUGAUUUUGUGAAAGAUGACUGCAAAUAUGGACGCUAUGAGAGUGUCGCGCCACCGUCCUUUCAGAAUCAAAUUUUCGAGGGACCUGACACCGACAUAGAAACAGAAUUGCAGCUUUGCAACGCUAGGCAUUCCAAGCCUGAGGAAACUACUGAGGAUGAUAUGCCAAGCACUUCAGGGAGGCAAAUAUAUGAAACUGAACCAUCUGCUUCAUCUUCAAAAAAACAUUGUACUCUCUCACCUUUACCGGCAUAUGAACCUGCAUUUGAUUGGGACAAUGAGAGAUCUUUAAUAUUUGGCCAACGCCUGCCAGAAAGUCUCCCUGCAACACACAGCAGUGGAUUGAAGAUAACGGUCAAGGUAUUGUCUUUGUCAUUCCAAACUGGAUUAGUCGAACCUUUUAGCGGUACAAUCUGCUUGUACAACAGAGAUAGGAGAGAAAAGCUAUCCGAGGACUUCUACUUCCACAUACUUCCAACAGAAAUGCAAGAUGCUCAUAUAUCUUUGGACCGUCGGGGUGUUUUCUCAUUGGACACCCCUUCACCAUCAAUCUGCCUUCUGAUCCAGCUAGAAAAGGCUGCUACUGAAGAAGGGGGAGUAACUCCUUCCAUUUAUUCCCGUAAAGAACCUGUGCACUUGACUGAGAAAGAGAAGCAGAAGCUGCAAGUUUGGUCUCGAGUCAUGCCAUACAGAGAGCCAUUUGCAUGGGCAAUGAUUCCUCUGUUUGAAAACAACCAUGCUGGUGGUGAUGCUGCCUCUCCUAGCAGCCCUUUAGCACCAAGUAUGUCAGGCUCAAGUUCUCAAGAUAGCAUUGUGGAGCCUAUCUCCAAACUCACUUCAGAUGGAAAACUCAACCAUUAUUCAAGUGGAAGUUCUGUUAUUGUUGAGAUAUCAAACUUAAACAAAGUGAAGGAAAGCUACAUGGAAGACUCCCUCCAAGAUCCAAAACGAAAAGUACACAAGCCAGUGAAAGGUGUGCUAAGGCUAGAGGUGGAAAAACUUCAUAAUGACCGUAAUGAGGCGGAUACCAUUUCUGAAGGUGGGAGCAUAACCAAUGAAUUGCAUGAUGCUGGCGAGCUCAAUAAUGGCAGACACAGCAGGAAUAGCAUUGAUGGGAUCCACAGUUCUCUGAAUUCUAGUGCCAUUGUCAAGAAAGAUACACACCAGAAUGGUCAAAGUUCCAAUGGAGAGAAUGGCAACAAUUUUCAAGCUUUUGACUUUCGGAUGAUGGCCCGGAGUGAACCAUUUUCACAACUUUUCCAUUGCCUCUAUGUGUACCCAUUGACUGUUAGCUUGAGCCGCAAAAGAAAUCUAUUUGUAAGGGUAGAAUUGAGGAAGGAUGAUUCUGACAUACGUAAACUUCCAGUAGAGGCUGUCCAUCCAAGGGAUCAGAAUUCAACACUACAGAAGUGUGCCCAUACCCAAAUUUCUGUUGGCACAAGAAUGUCUUGCUACCAUGACGAAGUUAAGAUCAGUCUGCCUGCUCUAUUGACGCCCCAACAUCAUCUUCUGUUCACAUUUUUCCACGUAGAUCUCCAAAUGAAACUGGAAGCCCCUAAACCAGUGAUUGUGGGAUAUGCUGCACUUCCACUGUCGACACACAUUCAGUUACUUUCGGAUGUGUCUUUGCCAAUUUUACGAGAGCUUGUUCCGCAUUACCUGCAGGAAAGUGGAAAGGAAAAAAUGGACUACCUGGAGGAUGGAAAAACUGUUUUCAGGCUGCGGUUAAGACUUUGCUCUUCGUUGUUUCCAGUUAAUGAAAGGAUAAGGGACUUUUUCGUUGAGUAUGACCGUCACACACUACAUACAAGUCCACCUUGGGGUUCUGAGCUUCUUGAGGCAAUAAAUAGUUUAAAGAAUGUUGAAUCUACUGCAUUGUUACAAUUUCUUCAACCAAUACUCAAUAUGCUGCUACAUCUUAUUGGCGAUGGUGGUGAAACCCUUCAGGUUGCUGCAUUUCGAGCCAUGGUUAAUAUUCUAACCCGGGUGCAACAGGAAUCAUCUGAUGGAGCUGGGAGAAAUAAGUUUCUCGUUAAUUAUGUUGAUCUUGCUUUUGACGACUUCGGUGAUCGGCAGACACCUGUAUACCCUGGUUUGUCUACUGUUUGGGGCAGCCUAGCUCGUAGUAAGGCUAAAGGUUAUAGAGUUGGACCUGUCUAUGAUGAUGUGUUGGCAAUGGCUUGGUUUUUUCUGGAGCUUAUUGUAAAAUCAAUGGGAUUGGAACAAAGUCGUCUCUUCUACCACAAUCUUCCACUUGGUGAAGAUGUCCCACCGCUGCAGUUGAAAGAAGGAGUCUUCAGAUGCAUCAUGCAGCUAUUUGAUUGCCUUCUAACUGAGGUUCAUGAACGCUGUAAAAAGGGUUUAAACUUGGCGAAGCGCUUGAACAGCACUCUUGCUUUCUUCUGUUACGAUCUUUUAUCAAUCAUUGAGCCACGCCAAGUUUUUGAGCUGGUUUCAUUGUAUAUGGACAAGUUUGCAGGGGUUUGCCAGUCAGUCCUCCAUGAUUGCAAAUUGACAUUCCUGCAAAUAAUAUGUGAUCAUGAUCUUUUUGUUGAGAUGCCUGGUCGGGAUCCCACUGAUAGGAAUUAUCUCUCGUCGGUUCUUAUUCAAGAGAUCUUUCUCACCCUUGAUCAUGAUGAUUUGUCACAGCGAGCGAAAGCGGCUCGUAUUUUAGUUGUUCUUAUAUGCAAGCAUGAAUUUGACGCGCGAUAUCAAAAAAGUGAAGACAAGCUGUACAUUGCUCAGCUGUAUUUUCCUCUUAUAGGACAGAUUCUUGAUGAGAUGCCUGUGUUCUAUAACCUAAAUGCCAUUGAAAAACGUGAAGUGCUAGUGGUCAUUUUGCAAAUCAUAAGGAACUUGGACGACACAACUCUUAUAAAAGCAUGGCAACAGAGCAUUGCUAGAACCAGAUUGUUCUUCAAGCUACUUGAAGAAUGUAUAACCCAUUUUGAGCAUAACAGAACAGGAGACAGCUUGCUACUAGGUUCUAGUUCUCGGAGCCCUGAUGCUGAGCGCCCUGCGUCCCCCAAGUAUUCUGAUCGGUUAUCCCCAUCAGUUAAUGCAUAUUUGUCUGAGGCUUCGCGCCAUGAAAUAAGGCCCCAGGGAACACCGGAAAAUGGGUACAUGUGGAACAGGAUUAGUCCUCAGCUAAGUUCCCCAAAUCAACCCUAUUCAUUGAGGGAAGCACUUGCGCAAGCGCAAUCUUCAAGAAUAGGAUCAACAGCCAGGGCAUUGAGAGAGUCCCUACAUCCAAUACUGAGACAAAAGUUGGUAAGUAUUACAUUCCCAUGUGAAUCUUGUGGUGAUUUAAACUUUCUUCAGUCUGACAGAAAAUUCCUACAGGAACUCUGGGAAGAAAAUCUUAGUACUGCUGUGAGCCUUGAAGUCUUGGGAAUAAUUGAUAAGUUUUCAGUUGCUGCAGCUUCUCGAAGCAUCUCGACUGACUAUGCUAAGCUAGAUUGUGUAACAUCUAUCUUGAUGGGUCUUUUAUCUAGGAGCCAGCCCUUGACUUUUUGGAAAGCUUUCCUUCCUGUGGUCUAUAAUAUAUUUAGUCUCCAUGGUGCAACACUGAUGGCAAGGGAGAAUGACCGCUUCUUGAAGCAAAUUGCUUUUCAUCUUUUGCGACUUGCUGUAUUCCGAAAUGAUUCUGUUAGAAAAAGGGCCGUUGUUGGGUUGCAGAUCCUUGUUAGGAACUCAUUCAACUAUUUCAAGAGCACCACAAGGCUGAGGGUCAUGUUGACUAUUACUUUGUCAGAACUGCUAUCUGAUGUGCAAGUAACUCAGAUGAAAUCCGAUGGAUCUCUUGAAGAAAGUGGUGAAGCUCGGCGUCUUAGGAAAUCACUGGAGGAAAUGGCUGAUGUAAGGAGUAAGGAUCAGUUGAAUGAUUGUGGCCUUCCUGUUACUGCACUGGAAGUGGCUGCUGAAGGUUCCACAGACAAUAGGUGGUCUUGGGUAGAGGUUAAGCAUCUAUCAAAGUGUCUAGUCCAGGCCCUUGACGCUGGCCUUGAACACGCCCUUUUGGGUUCUGUAAUGAGUGUGGACAGGUGUGCAGCUGCUGAGGGUUUCUAUAAGCUAGCAUUGGCCUAUGCCCCUGUUCCGGAUCUUCACAUUAUGUGGUUACUGCACCUUUGUGAUGCACACCAGGAGAUGCAGUCAUGGGCUGAGGCCGCGCAGUGCGCAGUUGCUGUAGCUGGUGUGAUCAUGCAGGCACUUGUUGGAAGGAACGAUGCUGUGUGGAGCAAGGAGCAUGUUGCCUCCCUCUGUAGGAUUUGCCCUAUUGUGGGCACUGAUAUAGGUGCAGAAGUAGCUGCAGCAGAAGUUGAAGGAUAUGGUGCAUCCAAGCUUACUGUGGAUUCGGCCGUCAAGUAUCUUCAACUUGCGAACAAACUCUUUGCACAAGCUGAGCUUUACCACUUCUCUGCCAGUAUCCAGGAACUUAUAAUUCCUGUGUACAAAAGCAGAAGGUCUUAUGGGCAGCUGGCUAAAUGUCACACGUCACUCACAAGCAUAUAUGAGUCAAUUCUUGAACAGGAGGCUAGCCCUAUCCCGUUCAUUGAUGCUACCUACUACAGAGUUGGAUUCUAUGGGGAACGAUUUGGCAAGCUCAAUAAAAGGGAGUAUGUGUUUAGGGAGCCGCGGGAUGUUCGUCUGGGUGACAUUAUGGAGAAGCUUAGUCAUACCUAUGAGGCUAAGAUGGAUGUGAAUCACACGUUACACAUCAUUCCUGACUCGAGGCAAGUCAAUGCUGAUGAGCUGCAACCUGGUGUAUGCUAUCUGCAAAUAACUGCCGUUGAUCCUGUAAUGGAGGACGAGGACUUGGAGAGCAGGAGGGAAAGGAUUUUCUCUUUAUCCACUGGUUCUGUUCGUGCACGUGUGUUUGACCGUUUCCUUUUCGACACACCAUUCACAAAGAACGGAAAAACGCAAGGUGGCCUAGAAGAUCAAUGGAAGAGACGCACAGUGCUCCAGACAGAGGGUUCCUUUCCUGCUCUGGUAAAUCGUCUGGUGGUGAUAAAAUCUGAAUCUCUAGAGUUUUCACCUGUGGAGAAUGCGAUUGGAAUGAUUGAAACAAGGACAGCUGCAUUGAGAAAUGAACUAGAAGAACCACGGAGCUCUGAAGGUGAUCAAUUACCAAGACUUCAAAGCCUGCAAAGGAUACUCCAAGGAAGUGUGGCUGUUCAGGUCAACAGUGGUGUAUUAAGUGUGUGCACCGCUUUCUUAUCUGGCGAGCCUGCAACCAGGCUCCGGUCUCAAGAACUGCAACAGCUGAUAGCUGCAUUGCUUGAAUUCAUGGCUGUCUGCAAGCGUGCAAUCCGUGUGCAUUUUAGAUUGAUAGGGGAAGAAGACCAGGAGUUCCACACGCAACUUGUCAAUGGGUUUCAGUCUCUUACUGCUGAGCUUUCUCACUAUAUUCCUGCCAUACUUUCGGAGCUAUGACUGUAGCAAGGUGGCAGGCAGUUAGGUAGCAUGUGAAUGGUUGGUUGAUUUUUCAGUUGGGGAUCUGCUCCAAAUGUUCAUAUUUCGAGUAGCUUUGGUUGUAUAGUUUGAGAACUAACCGGGGCCUUUGCAUUUCUGCUGUGUCACGAUUUUGGGGUGUAAAGUAUAUGCAACUUCUUAGUGUGAUGUACCUGGAUCAUCGUGUUUGUUUGUGGUUUGCUGACAGUGAUAGGCAACUUAGCUGGUAGCUGUUGGAGCGGCAUUAUUAUUACUAUUAUUAUCAUUAUCAUUAUCAUUAUUAUUAUUAUUAUUUUAUUGUCA